AUGGACGAUGACGGCGUUGCUUUCGCAUCGCAGCGCGGUUUGCUCUUUUGCAAAGACAAUGUCCUGGACCACCAACUCAUUCGGACAGUCAUCAAAUCCUCGUUCAGCUGGUGUGCAUUGGGGCUUUACAGGUCUAUUGGGCCUGCUCGUCAAGUCUGCACCUUCGAGAGCGCUCCCGAUUCUGAAAUGGAAACCCUCAUCAUUAUGCUUUGGGGCAGGCAGUCCAAGAUCCACUUUUGGCCAGAUUCUCACCAUCACUGGUUGAAGCCUGUCGAGGCAGCAAAUUCCCUGUUGGCUGUUGCUCGAACGCAUUUGAAAGAACUCGGCCUCAGACCCGAAACCGAGACCCUCGAUGAUGGCGGCUUUACUAUUCACGACUCCCGCGUCGCCUUCGAAGUUGAAAAUGGUACAGCGAUCACGUUUGCUGUUGGGACAAAGGAGGCAAUGAAGGCAUGGCAUCCGAUGGAGUUAUCGGCACGGCUGAAUCAUACGGUCAAUGAAAUGGAAAGUACAAACUUUAAAAUCAACGUCAAAUACGCCUCGGACCACGAAGCAGAUUCGGCAGGAUAG